GCUGACAGUAAUCGUGGGAGCGGUGACGGUGAUGGUUUCGGCGUCGGUCUGAGUAGACGUCGUUAGGACCGUCGGGAUCGUUGUGGUGGUAGUCGUGGUUAGGCUGUCGGCAGUGACAAUGGUGGUGGCUGUCCCAGUGAUUGUGAUUGUCGUCGUCGUGGCGGUGGCCGUGACUGGUGAGGUGAGAGUUGCCAGAGUCCCCGUCUGGGUUUUCGUACCAAUAGUCCUUGUCGUGGUUACAGUGGAGAUAAUGGUCGAAGUCUUGGGCGGGAGGGGGAAUUUGGAGGAGCAGAAGGAGGUCGCCGGAGCGUAGCCUGACAAUGCGUUCGCUACCGCGGCAUACUUGCCUCCUGGACAACAAGAAGGCGGCUGCGCCUGGACGACGGCCAGAGAAAGGAACAGGACAAGCUUCGAGUACAUUGCCACCAUUGUUUACGAUCACGACGAGCCCUGAAAUCGCAAUUGGUCAAGGUUCC